AUGACUUGUACGAAAAUCUCGGGCUAUUCCUCCUCACAGGAGUACAACAAACAUAUAGACGACAACCUGAGAGAGAAUGAAGAACAUCUAAAGUCAUUGGACUAUCCUGGCUGUAAGGUUGUGUUGCCUCUGGGCUAUGGUCCAGUUGUUCCGAGAGAGAACAAGAAGAUCUUCUUCUUUGACAUUGACAACUGCUUGUACAAGAGAUCCCUUGCUAUACACGAUAUGAUGCAAGAGUACAUCCAUGAAUACUUCAAGAGAACUUUGGAUCUCAAUGACGAAGAUGCGCAUGUCCUCAUGUUCAAAUACUACAAAGAAUAUGGAUUGGCAAUCCAAGGGUUGGUCAAAUUCCACAAAAUAGACGCAUUGGAAUACAACAGGAAAGUCGACGAUGCCUUGCCAUUGCAAAACGUGCUCAGCCAGGACCUCAAGCUACGCUCCAUGCUCGAGUCGUUGAGAUCGAGUGGCUCAAUUGACCGUAUGUGGCUAUUCACAAACGCCUAUAAAAACCACGGAGAACGCGUUAUUUCUCUACUGGGGAUCGGUGAUAUGUUCGACGGAUUGUGGUACUGUGAUUAUGCUCAAGAUGAUUUGAUCUGCAAACCUAACGCAAAUGCCUUCCACUCUGCUUUGGAGCUGGCUGGUGGAACAGAUUUCAGUAAUUGCUACUUUGUCGAUGACAGUGCAGAUAACAUUAGAACUGCAGUGGGUCUUGGGUUCAAAAAAGCGAUCCAUUUCGUGGAGAGAGAUGAAGACCUAGGAAAGACUCCAGAAGGUGCAUUACUCAUUAGAGAUAUAUUGGAUCUACCAGAGGUUGUACCUGAAUUGUUCCAGUGA